CCCGCCCUCAGGAGAGUCCUGUCCGCGCGGCCGUCAGCGAAGGUGUUGUGUUCCCUAAGAGAUGCCGUAGCGUCCCAAGCCGGGCGCCUUGGCAACCCAGCGAGGGCUUUCAUUCAGUCGCGCGCUCGCUGGGAGCGGGAUGGAUGCGGGUCACCGGGCCGCUUCCCUCGCUGUGUCCUGCCUCCGGAGGCCGGUGGACCCUCACACCAAGGCCCCCACGGCGCUGUACGAGCGGGAGCGGGGGGACGGAGCCUGGCCGCAGAAUCACCUGCAUCCUGAGAGAGAACAGAGUUCUGAUGUCCAUGCUGAUUGCCAAGACUGGGCAGACAUCUCCAAAAUGUAUAUUUCAAACCAAGAAUAUUACUUAAAGCUGGAAGAACUUAAGAAUGCGCAUCUGGAGACCAUGGCGAAACUGGAAAACAUGUAUCAGAAUAAACUGUAUCUGAAAGGAGUUGAGCCUUUAACCAACACAGAUAUGGCCAAUAGUACGAGUUACAGAUCAGCAUAUGGGAAGAACUCAUUUCAUCCUCAGAAGAUACCCACAUCAUUUUCUGACCCUGAUUUAAACAAUUAUUUCCAUUCAAAUGUAUCUGAUACAUCUGAUGAAGAAUUAUAUUUAGAUGAAGAUGACAGUGAAGAAGAAUUGCUCACAUUUCAAAAGGAGCAAAUUGAAAGUGCAUGUGAUAGGUUUUCACCAGAGGAUUAUUCUCACCGCACUAAAAGUAUUUCAUCCCUGUUACAAACUUUGAGAAAGCCUAAGAAGAAGAAAAAGAAGAGAUGGUCCCCAAAGAUCACAGUACCCCAGCCUUUCCAGAUGACUAUUCGAGAAGCUAAGAAAAAACAACACAACAUAAAAUCAAAGUCAUUGAUUGAACUAGAAAAUAAUUUGCUAAAAAAACAAUUGGAGGAAGAAACAGAGUGUCAGAAGAAAUUCCGUGCCAAUCCAGUGCCUGGUUAUGUUUUUGUCCCUUUGUAUCAUGAAAUAAUGCAGCAAAACGAAGAACGUAGGAAGUCACUUAGAAAAAGUAGGAGAGAGAUUCUUUUAGGUAUGCAAAAGCCUUUCAAGUUUAUUGAAAGAGAAGCACAAAAGAAAGAACUGAAAAAAGUGCAGUUGAAGGACCUUUCCUUGCCCGAAAAGACAAGAACAUUCAAAGCAAAGCCAGUUCCGAAAUGUAUUUACAGUUCAGAAGUCAAUGAGAAGCUCAAGGAAGAAGAACUUUAUAGAGAAAUUAGAAUACAGAUGAGAUCUGAAGAGCUUCUGUGUAAUUCAACUCUUCCCAGUCACAGAUUAGGACAUAAAGGUCCCAAUAAGCAUAGGAAGCAAUGCUGCCUUGAGCAUAAGGAAAGACUGCAAUGUAAACCAAGAUGCAAAACCCAGGUCCCGGAUUUUGAAAUAUUACAUAAAAAAUUCCAGAAACAGCUUCAGAGACAGAAGCGUGUGAAACCCAUCACAGUCUGUGAACCUUUCAGUCUCCGUACUGCUAAUAUCCCUUCCAACAAAAAGAAGAUUCUUGAGGAUAUCCAAAUGGAUGAGGAAAAAUUAAAGGAGACACGUUGGCCUUAUGCUUCUUCAAGAUGCAGUCCUCAAAUGAGGAAUCCUUUAGAUUCUGAAGAACCCAUAUCACCAAGAAUUACAGAAUCUACAAGACGACGAUUACAAGCCAUUAGGGACUCAGCUGAGGAAAAACAGAGGAAGGAAGAAGAGCAGAAAAGGAGGAGAGCAAAGCAGAAACAAAGAGCAAGAGAACUACAGAGACUUAUAAGCACUCGGGCUGAAGCAAAUGAUCCACAUCAGAGCCUCGCUCAGAUCUAUAAGUCAAAGUUAAAAAUAUUCAGGAAACAUGAAAAGCAGAGAAUGAAAGAAUAUCUACGUGAACUGGAAGAAAUGGAAGAGAGGGUGGAAAAGAGACCAUUGUUGUUGGAACAAGCUACACAGAAAAAUGCACGGAUAGCAGCAGAGAAGCUUUACUCUGAUACACUUCGAGAGCUGGGGCUCUGUGAAGAAUUUGUCUCAAAGAAAGGACAAUCUGCAGCAGAAAUGCUUUCGCAGGGCCAUUCCAGAGAUGACUCUGAAAUCUCGGCAGCAGCAGAUAUCAGAAGUGAUCAUGAAGAGAAAAUGCAAGAUAAAGAAUCACAGGAAGCAGAAGAGAAGUCUGAAACUGAAUCCAUUCAGUCUUAUAAAGAGGAAAGAGAUGAGGAAGAGGAGGAGGAGGAAGAUGGAGGAAAUGAUGGAGAUGAAGAUGGGCAUGUGGAUGAAGAUGGAGAUGGGGAUGUGGAUAGAGAUGAAGAUGGGGAUGUGGAUGGAGAUGGGGAUGUGGAUGGAGAUGGGGAUGUGGAUGGAGAUGAAGAUGGGGAUGGGGAUGAAGAUGGAGAUGGAGAUGAAGAUGAAGAUGAAGAUGGGGAUGUGGAUGGAGAUGAAGAUGGGGAUGGAGAUGGAGAUGGAGAUAGAGAUGUUCAGUCAAAUCAUGGUGACAAAGAUGCUUCUGGAGAUGAAAAUGAAAACUAUGAAGAUUCAGGAGAAGAAUCCAGAGAUUAUGGAAAUUGAUUAAAAUAUAGUGUUGCUUCUCUAUUGCCUUGGUUUUAGUGUCUGAAUUUGAUGCUUGAACUAAAAUGUGAAAUGGUGAGAUACUAGAACUAGUGGCACAUUUUAUGAUGCCAUUAAUUAUAACAGCGGGUGUCUCUCACACUUUCACCUUCUUCUGAUUUCUAGGCCAACUUUUCAGACAGUUCUCACUGUCUCUUCCUGCAAUAUUCAGGUUCCAGGUAUCCUGUCUAAUGUUUUUACUCUUUGGAAGUGUAAACAUUAACAAGAAUCAGUAUUUUUUCUGCAGCAUAUUUUAUGGAGUAGCCAACUUCUUUAUUGAUUGAGGCCUGAAAUGAAUGCAGUGAAAAUUCCUGGAUUUUUAUUUUUAUUUUCUUCCCAGCCUCAAUCUGAAUAACACAACUAAUUAAGGGCUUUUCUAUAAACAUUGCCGAGACCCAGUGCUGCCCUUUAAACCACAGCAGUUGCCUAAUCCUUGUGAAAACAAAGCAAAUCCAUGUAUCCACAAGAAGUGUUGGUUUUCCCUGCAGUAACCUAGUAGAUAAAGGAUGUACUGUCAGAUGUGGGAGAACUAUUAGGAGCAGCAUUACUACAGUAAUCAUGUGUCUGUGUCACAAAAAAUAAAGACGUAGUAUUACAGCUCUUCCCAAAUGAUCCUAUGAUCAAUCUUUCUAAUAUCUGCAUACACUUUUCACUCUAGAACAGGGGUCCCCAAACUAAGGCCUGCGGGCUGGAUGCAGCCCUCCAAGGUCAUUUACCCAGCCGCUGUCCUAAGAUCACCCUAUGUUUGAAAUGACGAAGGCACACAACAAGAACAAUCCAAAUUCAUUUGACUAUCUCAUCAGGCAAAAACAGGCCCAUACUCCCCACUGAAAUACUGGUAAAUUUAUGUUGGUUAGAAUGGUUCUUCAUUUUAAAUAUUGUAUUGUUAUUUCAUAGUCUGUCCCCCCAAUAGUCUGAGGGACUAUGAACUAGCCCUUGGCUUAAAAAGUUUGGGGAUCCCUGCUCUAGAAUAAUGAAUUUAGAACAUGUAUUAGUUUUGCCUUCACAACAGGCUUUUUUCAUCUCAAGAAAUUGUGUCUUUUUAAAAAUAAAUUUUAUUAUUUAG